GGACAUUGAAGAAAUAUCUGACCUUCGUAACAACAUCAAGGUUACUUGACAUCGGUUUUAUGGGUUUGGUGUUAGUCAGAAAUGUACUGUAGAAGUAUGCGCCCUGUGAGUCGUUCUUUUCACAGAAGCGGCAACGUAGUUGGUAUGGGGUUAUUGAGGUCUAAAGGGAUGGUUAUACUGGCUGGUAAUUCUCACCCUGAGUUAGUUAAGGCUGUUUGUCACCAUCUUGACGUUCGUCCUGGGAACUGUUCAGUAUUUUUCCGAUCAAGUCGCGAGACGGAUGUUGAGAUUAAAGAAACUGUCAGGGGCCGAGAUGUUUAUAUUAUACAAUCUGGAACUAAGGAUGUCAACAAUGACAUUAUGGAGCUAUUGAUUAUUGCCUAUGCAUGCAGAUCAGCUUGCGCUCGUAAAGUCAUUGCAGUAGUACCGUACUUACCUUACUCAACACAAAGCAAAAGAAGAAAGCGUGGCCCUAUCACCAGUAAACUUGUAGCCAAAAUGCUCUGCGCUUCAGGAAUUAACCAUUUGAUCACUUUGGACCUUCACUCAAAAGAGAUUCAGGGGUUUUUCGAUGUUCCGAUUGACAAUUUACGUGCUUCUCCGUUUUUGACAAAGUACAUUGAAACAUACAUAACUGAUUAUCGAAAUGCAGUUAUUGUUGCUCGAAAUCCCGGAGUAGUACCUCGAGCUAGCAGUUAUGCUGAACGUUUGAGGUUACCACUAGUUGUUAUUCAUGGCGAAGAAAGAGAUGAAAGUGACAAUACUGACGGUCGCAAUUCCCCACCUUUGGAUCAAAGUAUUGUGGAAAAGAGAUCUACACACGUUGGCCUUGAACUUUUACCUAUGAUGAUACCUAAAGCUAAACCACCUUUAACCUUGGUUGGAGAUGUGAAUUCAAGAAUCGCUAUUAUAAUUGACGAUAUUAUAGAUGACGUAUCAAAGUUUGUUACUGCUGCUGAGCUACUGCGUGAACGAGGUGCAUAUAAAAUAUUUGUUAUUGCAACUCAUGGUCUGCUCAGUUUAGAUGCACCACGUCUAUUGGAAGAAAGUCGUAUAGAUGAAGUAGUUGUAACUAACACAGUACCACAUGAAGUACAAAAAAUGCAAUGUCACAAAAUUCGUACCGUUGAUAUAAGUCCAUUAUUGGCAGAAGCUAUCAGACGUAUUUAUAAUGAUGAAUCUAUGUCUUAUCUUUUUAUGAAUGUACCUAAAGACGAUUAAAUCUCUUCUUUUCUUUUCACAUUUGUUAGGAAAAAGACGGCCUUAAAUUAUUUAUUAUUUAAAUACUAAUUUGUUUAAAUUGUAAAAUAACAGAAUUAAUAUUCUAAUUUAUUUACUUAUCGUAUUUACAAUCAGUAAUUCUUUUGUACCGUUAAUUAAAUAAUUCCUGUACUCGUAGUUAAGUUUUCGUUCUCCUUAUGUGGAAAUUGUACAUAUUUAGCACACGUUAUGGUGAGUACUGGUGAUCUAGUUCAACACUAAAAUUGUACUGGUUGUGUUCUUUCACAAAAGCUUCUUCUCUUAAUCAAUCCUAACGUCAUAGUUCGCUUAUACUGUCCUAUGAAUAAAGUUGGCAUUCUAAACAUUGUGUUAUUUUGGCUAUAUCUUAUGUGCAACAACAACUUCUGAUGCUAAUAAAUUAUUAUCAAGUA